AUGUCAUCUUCUCACGGCCAGUCUCUGUGGAAGCCGGUGGUCACCUUCACCGUCCUAUUGCCCCCCAUUGAGCAAUACUCGAUGGCAGAGAAGGGCAGUGAAGGAGGCUACUGGGCUCUCCACGAUCCCAACACUUAUGCCAGCUGCAAGAAUCAGCAAGAGCGACAGGAAGCCGAGCAGUGCCUGGCUUGUGGCAACCCUUCCACCCGGAAGUACCGCUGCCACUGCAAGGCGGCCAGGUACUGCUCUGCCCAGUGCCUCGAGGCUGACGACCUCCAUGAGCGGCUCUGUGUGGGCCGUCAAGAUGCCAAGACCAAGCCUGCCUUCAGCCUUCCCUUGGAGAGUCGACCAUCUAACAACCACUUUCUCGCUGCGUUGCUUCCUGUAGAUGGAUCCAACCCUAAGCCCAUCUGGAUCUCCCUUCAGAUGGAUCGCAAGACUGGCAAGAUGCGUUUUGCUACCGACGAGAUCACCAUUGCGAAGGCGGCUGCCAAGUCCAACGAUAGCUCCGACCCUGACAUCAUUCACGUCGGUCUGAACUCGAUCGCGACUCCCAUCCAGAAGAGCCUACUUCACGGAGUUGACGCCAUUAAGUUCGGUUCGUACAAGGAUACUUCUCCCGGUAACCUCAAUAGCUGCAUCCAGAGCUUUGGCAAGCCUGGCUUCCUGGCCUGUUACUUCGGCGCUGUGGUUGUCUGGGCAUACGAUCUCGAGUCCAACGGAGCCUUCAAGUCACCCCGCGACUUGGGCGUGCGCGACCUUCGCCACGCUCUGGACUGUCACGUUCUCAAUUCGGUAAACCCGGCUGUCUCUCAGCCCAGUCGAUUCAUCCUUGAGGGCGGUGUCAUCCCGGCUCUCAAGAUCAACGAUCUCUCGGAUCGUUGGUUGGAGGCUCUGGGCGUCACCCGCCAAAUCGAGAAGGUCCACGUCCCUGCUUCACACCAGUAUUUUGAAGCCUUCCCCAUCGGAAAGCUUUUCCACCUUGGUCUUCGUUGGUAUGUCCGAACUGGAGUCCCCAUCGCGAUUGCUCCAACAGGGGAGCUCCAUGAGAACCAUGAGGAGAUCCUCAACCACUUUCGUCAAACCGUCCUUCUGGUUUGCGGAAAGCAGAUCGAGCCCGCCCAUCUCACUGCCGUCAUUGAAUACUUCAAGCUCGCCAGCGCCUCGGGAACCCCCACAACCGAGAAGGCGUUCCGCGCGUAUUGGGACUACUUCAAGAAGAACGAAGUGAUCAAAGGCCACCCGAUGGCUGGAAUCCCUUCGCCUUAUGACCUUGAGAAUGGCCAUAGCCAUGAUCCCAACUCCGCGGGUCUUGUAACUUUGCUCCAAGGUUACAAGUCCUACGAGGACUUUGUUGGGCAGGCCCCAGUCGCCAAUGAACACGUUGACGGUGGUCUCAACGCCCCGAAGGGCGAGGUCUCAGUAGCCAGUUCGACACAAGGCAUCGAGCAGGCACUUGGCUUCCCGGCCGAGCGAAAUUAG